GUUUGUCAAGGAGAUUCGGCGCUCGCAAAGCAACAAGCUCAUUGGUUGGAGCGGAGAGCGGGUGUAGAGGUGAGUGAGACGCGCAACGUUUCUUUCUGCCAACUCGUCGAUGCAUCCCGGCAUAAGAUCUCGUUGAAUUUCUCGUUUGUGCGAAAGAGCUUUGCCGACCGCACAAGCACACAAGAAAUUACUAAGACUGACAGUUUGAUGUUGUAUGAGAAGGUUAGGGAAAAGAGAUGAGCGCGACACACAAUCACGGUUUCUCUUAUUUGCUUGUAAACCCGUCUACUGGAUUUGUGUGACGUGAUGGAGGAGAAACGCGCCAAGACUUUCACGUCUCGACGUGUUUGUGAUGUUAGCGCGCAUUUGCAAUCUAUUGCGGUUGUAGUGUGUAUUGUAAUAGACAGUAGACGGGUGUGGGGCGUGGUGCGAGGUGAUAGAUUAGAGCAAAUGGAUUGUUAGAUUGUGAUGUGAGUAAAGGCCUGUCCACACUGGCAACUGGAUCGCGAUCCAACCGCAACGCUGUCCACACUUGCAACUCGAUCGCGAUCCGUCCGAUCCACAUCGCGAGGUGGAUUGGAUCGCGAUCGGUUGAAUCCAAUUAGAAAUAGUGGGCGUUACUUUCACGUACGCUACGCCGGAACAUCUAGCACUCCUCACUCAUCUUUGCUCUCGCUCACCUUACGUCGCUGUAUCAACGCUUUCUACAAGCAAAGAAACCACACGUACACAUCGGUCGUCAGUCACGUGAUAGCGAAAUGAGGCGGAGAAUGAGUGAGAGAGACAUCACAACAUUGAAUAGCCAACUAGUGGUUGCUGUUGGGAAUAACGAAGGUGAUGAGGUUGACAGAUUGUUGAGUGAAGGAGCUUCACCGAAUGCGUGUAAUGAAUAUGGAUGUCCUGUACUGGUGGAAGCUUGUGAUGAAGGCUAUCAUUCUGUAUGUAAGCUGCUAGUGAAGAUAGGAGCAGAUGUGAACAAAACUACUUCUUUGGGUUGGACUGCUCUAAUGUUGGUAGCAAGGAAUGGUGAUGAUGAAAUGGUCGACUUCCUUUUAUCAUCAAAUGCUGAUGCUGGACAGAAGACUAAGUAUGGUAGUACUGCAUUUGAUUGGGCAAUGGAUAGACGUCACAUGUCAACAGCUGGUCGUUUGGUGUUGGCAACUCUAAGAGUUGAAGAUGUUACAGUUGAGAGUCUUCCUCGCAUGUUGCAUUGGGCAUAUAAGAAUAAGAGAGAUGAUGUGAUAAAAACAAUUGUUAAGCUGGGAACAGAAGUGAAGGAUGACUCGGGACAAACUUUACUUCACUAUGCUGCUCAGUAUGGCAGUCGUGAUGUGGUUGAGUUUCUCUUGGCCAACAAGGCAGAUGCUGAUGCUUCAGACAAGUAUGGUGUCAAGCCUUUUGAUUUUGCCUUCAAAAAUGGUCACAUGUCAAUUGCUGGUCGUUUGUUUUCAUUAAUGCAGUCAGUUGAACAUCUUGUACUUGAGGAUGUGUGGAAGCUGCUGGAGUGGGCAUGUUGGAAUAAAGAAAUGGAUGUUGUAAGGAAGAUUGCAGAAAAGUUUUGUCAAUCAGUGGAGAAGGAGUCUGGUCGCACUUUACUUCACUUUGCUGCUCAACUUGGUCAUCGUGAUGCAGUCAACUAUCUGUUGAAGAAGAAGGCAGAUGCAGAUGCUAAAGAUAAGGAUGGUAAGAGACCAUACCAACUGGCUGAUGGUGAACUGAGAAGACGACUGAGGAAAGCAAUAGAUGAACAGAAGUAUGCUGUUCUGUUUGCUGAGGGCACAGUGAGACCAGAAAUCAUCAAAUUGUGUUUCAUCGGUUCAGAAGGAGCAGGAAAGACGACACUCAUGGAGGCUCUCAAACGAGGAUGGUUAGAGUGGAUUUUUACAAGUGAGAAUCAAGCAGACGACCCGGAUUGCGAAGAGGAACGCACGAUUGGUAUCAACGUGAUGACAGCCUAUAUUUCAGGAGUGGGUCGUGUUUCACUGCGGGACCACGCAGGUCAAAAGCAGUUCCACAAAACCCAUGGCCUCUUCUUCUCUGCAUCCAACUCGUUUUUCAUCUUGCUAGUGAGUCUAGUGAGAGUAAAGGAGAGACGACUGUGCAGCGAUGAGGAGUUGCGAGAUGAGCUUCAGUACUGGCUCUCAUUUCUCAGAUCCAGUUUGGAUGGAGAGUUUAUACCCACAGUGUUGAUAAUGGCCAGUCGAGGAGAUUAUUAUCGUUAUAGUCAGCGUGUGUUGCAGCACGUGGUCGACUACAUUCGUGAGCUGUUCAAAGGCAAGAUCAACAUCAUUCAAGAAUGUUUGGUUAUCGACUGCAGGAGGAGUUCAUCUCCUGAAAUGAGAAGACUGAAGAGAGUGUUGCGUGGUGUGAAGCAGCAGCUACAGCAAGUGAUCAUAAGACUAAUUUUAUUAGACUUAAUAAAUGUGCUUGCUAAUUCAGAUAUUUAUGUUACAGUCUGCUCCACUGUAUCCUCGUCUCUGUCAGCCAGUUGUGUCCAAGUUGCUUCCUUCUCUUCGUAA